UCCUGGCAUUACGGUGACUCGGCACAGCUCGUUCACUUAUGGUCCUGCAGGAUCGAGCCCAGGGAUUUCAAACAGCGGUCAUCUUUUUUAGAGGGAGAAAAAUAGGGGGCUUCUCCUUUCACACAGCUCCUCAAAAGGAGAAUUCCCUUUUAUCAAGCCCAUCGUGUUUGUAAAUGUACGGGCAGUUCUCUCAGUUCGCUUUACCGAGACUCAACGACGUGUUCUGCAUCCAUGGUCAGGCGGAGCUGAAACAAAGAGGCGCUGAGAGCAGAGAUCGGCGCGGGGUCCCCGGAGCCGGCUCGCCGCCCGCCGGGGGCUGGUAUGCGGUAGGGCAGGGCCAUGUAUUGGAAGAGCGACCCGAUGUUCGUCUGCAGGCUGGAGGACAAGGACCUGCCCGCGCUCGGCGGCCCCGCGGAGAAGGCCAGCCCCGCAGCGGCUGACGAGGACUCCUGCUCUUCCUCUGCCGCACUGUCGCCCUCCUCCUCGCCGCGGUCCAUGGCCUCGGGCUCGGGCUGCGCCACCGGCAAGUGCGUGUGCAGCAGCUGCGGCCUGGAGAUCGUGGACAAGUAUCUGCUCAAGGUAAACGACCUCUGCUGGCACGUACGCUGCCUCUCCUGCAGCGUUUGCAGAACGUCCCUGGGAAGGCACACCAGCUGCUACAUCAAAGAUAAAGAUAUCUUCUGCAAACUGGAUUAUUUCAGGCGCUACGGCACCCGUUGCUCCCGCUGCGGGAGGCACAUCCACUCCACCGACUGGGUCCGGCGGGCCAAAGGAAACGUGUACCACCUGGCGUGCUUUGCAUGCUUCUCCUGCAAAAGGCAGCUUUCGACCGGAGAGGAGUUUGCUUUGGUUGAAGAGAAAGUCCUUUGUAGAGUACAUUACGACUGCAUGUUGGACAAUCUGAAAAGAGAAGUUGAAAAUGGUAAUGGGAUUAGUGUGGAAGGAGCAUUACUAACAGAACAAGAUGUGAAUCAUCCAAAACCAGCAAAAAGAGCUCGGACCAGCUUCACAGCAGACCAACUCCAGGUUAUGCAAGCACAGUUUGCUCAGGACAACAAUCCAGAUGCACAAACGCUUCAGAAACUGGCAGAAAGAACAGGCUUGAGCAGGCGUGUUAUACAGGUGUGGUUUCAAAAUUGCAGAGCACGCCAUAAGAAACAUGUUAGUCCUAAUCAUUCAUCUACUGCUCCUGUCACUGCAGUUCAGCCCUCCAGGCUGUCUUCACCCAUGUUAGAAGAAAUGGCAUACUCUGCAUAUGUACCCCAGGAUGGGACUAUGCUGACUGCUCUGCACAGCUACAUGGAUGCUCAUUCACCUACAGCUCUUGGACUCCAGCCUUUGCUACCCCAUUCAAUGACACAGCUGCCACUAAGCCACACCUAAUUCCUUUCUGUCAGGGAUAUAAGCUAUUAAAGAUGUAACCUUAAGUCAUAGUGUAUUGAAAAUAUCAUUGGAAAGACAUUAAUGUUAACUUUUUAUUUAACACCUAAAGCAUUUUCAAGAUAACUUUUGCUGCCCAGGUAUGUAAGUAUAUUUAGCCUGCAAGACACUUUUAUGGAUUCUGCAUAAAUAACUAUUACAUUGUUUACAAGCCUUAUUAAACACCUUUUUGUAUUGUCUGGAAGUAGUCCACUCUAGUUAUGUGUGUGUUAAUUUAUUUGUCAUCAAAAGAGCACUUUGCCUAAAAGAAAGGACUGACAAUUGUGCAAAAUGUUUACAAUUCUUUGUGAAAUUGUAGUUUAUCAUUAGUUUGUAUCUGUAAGUUAUUGCUAAAAGUAUUACCUGUAUUUGAGUUGUAUACAGCCUAUAUGUUAAAGCUUAUUUCUGUGAGUUUACAAAAAUAAAUUUUGGUUGCAAAUAUUUUCAAAAAGAACUGAAUAAAGUUUCUGCUGUAGCAUGCCAAGCAAAAA